GUCUUCAUGAAGACCCUCAACUACACGGCCCGCUUCAGCCGCUUCAAGAACCGGGAGACCAUCACCGCCGUCCGCAGUCUCCUCCUGCAGAAGAAGCUCCAUAAGUUCGAGCUGGCCAGUUUGGCCAACCUGUGUCCUGAAGCAGCUGAAGAGGCCAAAGCUCUGAUCCCCAGUUUGGAGGGUCGGUUUGAAGACGAGGAGCUGCAGCAGAUCCUGGACGACAUCCAGACCAAGAGGA